UGGACGGUCGCGAAGAUGGCGGCGGCCGCUGAAGAUGGGAGGGAGGCUCCUGCUGGCUCUGAACCUGAACCUGAGUCCGAGGCUUCAGGCCCAAUGGAGCAUCGACCCAGCACUCGCUCCAACCCCGAGGGCGCGGAGGACAGGCAGGAUCCGCCCGGGCAAGGGGCGCAGGCCGGCGGCGGCAGUAGGGAAGGGGAUGGAGAAGCCGGGACUGAGAGCCCAGGGACUGGGGGUAGGACCAGGAGCAGCCGCAGGAGGCCUCAGGAGCAGGAAGCCCAGGGUCACAGCCUGCCCCCAUUCCAACCCCAACCCCAACCCCAACCCCAAAAUCAAACCCAACCCCAAAUACAACCACAACCUCAACCUCAGCUCCAAACCCAAACCCAAAAUCAAUCCCAAUCCCAAUAUCAAGGUCAAAGCCAACCCCAAAACCAAACCCAGUCCCUGCCCCAAUCCCAAUCUCAAACCCAAUUCCUGUCCAAGACCCAGACCUUGCCCCAGUCUCAAAGCCAGCCCCAGUUUCAAAACCAGUCGGCGACCACAGGGCAGCCUUCAUUCCUGCCCCAAUCCCAAAGUCAACCCCAAUUUCAAUCUCAACUCCAGCUACCAACACAAUUCCAGAGCCAGGCCCUGUCUGAGACUCAGAUCAAGACUCCAAAAGUUAACUGCCCAGAGAAAGUGAUCAUCUGUUUGGACCUUUCAGAAGAGAUGUCACUGCAGAAGCUGGAUUCGAUGAAUGGUUCAAAAACAAACGCAUUAAACAUUGCCCAGAAAAUGAUCGAAAUGUUUGUCCGGACAAAGCACAAGAUUGACAAACGUCAUGAGUUCGCUCUCGUGGUGGUUAAUGACGAGGUGACCUGGUUGUCGGGAUUUACUUCGGACCCUCGGGAAGUUUGUAGCUGCCUGUACGACCUGGAUACAAAUGUCUGUGAGUCCUUCAAUCUGGAUGGACUAUUUAACCUCAUACAGCAGAAGAUUGAGUUGCCAGUAACGGAAAAUAUUCAGACUAUCCCACCACCGUACAUCAUACGGAUGAUCCUGGUCUACGUUCGAACACCCUGCCACCUGCAGUCUAUUUCCAUCGAGCGACUCAAUAAAAUUCUGCAAUCUCCUUACUUUUUCUUUGACACGAUUUACAUUCACAACGGCCCUGAGGAAAUGGACGAAGACUCCAGCUGUAAGGAAGUUUGUUUGUUUUUCAAUAACCUGGACACAAAGGGGACCAGCUACAAGUAUGAUGUGUCACUCGCUGGACAGGCUGUGGAACUGCACAACUGCAUGGCCAAGUUACUCGCACACCCGCUGCAGAGGCCAGUCCAAAUGCAUGCGGUUUAUAGCCUGCUUGAAGAUGAGGAAGGAGUAGAAGUAGAAGCAACUGUUUGACAGGGGAACAUGACAAGGGAAGUGAACUAAGAUUCUCUCUCUAUCUGUACAUUAGGAAAGUUUCUGUGUGGGUCAGGGUGAUUACGCUGUCUUGGUUACAGUUGACGUGCAAGUGUUUACUCCAGAGAAACUCAGAUCCUUAAUAAAUCUGAGUGUUCCUUCAGUUGAAUCGUCAAUAAUGCACGAUCAACUUUAUCAUGAAGCUGUUUCGUCCCUUCAGUUCCAAGUGGAUUAUUCUGAUUUUAUGGGUUGAAUUCAGCCUAUAAUAACUCAUGACACUUUCCUGUGAAACUGGAGAUCAGCACGGUUGAAGCAGUGCUGCUGCUGAGUAUCGUUGGUAAAUUGGCAUCAAAACAUAAUGGGACAGAUUUUCACAAAUGAGUGCACUCCAACACUGGCAAUCUGGAUUAUUCCCCGACGAAUGCAGCCACCUCACCCCAGCUCUGUCUAGGGUUACACAGUAAUGGACAUCUAUCUAUAAUGCUGUUGAAGAAGAGCAGUAGAGUGCAGACCAGUCUCUAGUCCAAUGUUUAUCCCUUAAUCAGCAUCAAUAAAAAUACAGAUAUUCUGCCUCCUGUCAUAUAGCUGAUGGGAUGUUGUGCUCAAAGUGGCUGCCACAUUUCUGCACAUGAAAACAGUGACUGUGCUGGAAUGGCUGUAAGAGUUUUAUAUAGGUGCCUGAUCCUGUAAUUCCAGUGAAUUCUGGCUUUGGCUAGAUGUGUCAUUUAGUGCCACAUUGGGUACUUGUGCAUUGAAGGGCUUUCCUUGCUGUCACAUUAAGAGGUUGAGCCGUGGCAUGAAGAGGAUCCUCACUUCCUGCAGACUACAGAUUAUGAUGGAACACUUUGCCUUCAGGAUCUUCUCCAGAGAUUUGAGCUCAUAACCUCACUGUGUCAGGCUAGGACAUGGUAUUCAACCAGGAUCUUGUCUGCCGAUUCCAGUUGAUGUUCAAGAUUUAAUGGGACUAUUGGAUAAAGACCACGGAGGCCUCUAACAUCUGGUUCACUCUUGAAGCAUGCAAACUGGCCAAUGUGCCAUUCCAGUGUGUUUGUGACAGUACUGUGUGUCAUGGCUGCUGUGUUGACAAACUCAUUAGAUGUGAAGGGUUUCAAAUGGUUUAAACCACACAAUUUUGUUGAAGGAAAACAUUCAUUGCUAAUUUCUGUUUGCUCUUAACAAGGAAAUAAAGUUACUGAAAGUG